AAUUUUCUUCACUCUCUCUUUCGUAUCCAGACAACAAACAAAACAAACGAAAGAAUCGGUACGAUUUGUUCAAACCAAAGAUGGCGUGCAUAGACACGAGCCGAGAUAUAUCAAUAUGUAAUGUUUCAAUCAGAACCUUACUGUCCUGAGCUGCAGAAAACUGUACCAUAAAUGUUCUUCCCACCAGAAAACCGGUUCCCUAGUUCCUGCCCGCUGUUUGCCACAAAACCGUUACAGCUUGGCACAACCUGUCUUGCAAGAAAUCGUGCCUCUUCCGCAAACCGCAAUCUCUCGUGCGUCUUCCGGUCGCGUGUGGCGGGGUCGACGGCGAUGAUCGUGAUCACGAAACAGACGCUUCUCCAUCAAACAAUCGCGGCGUCGAGAUCAGACGUCAAACAAUUGACGUGAACCCCGUCACUAACACAUCGCGGCCGAGAUCGGUGCCCGGCGAUAUCGUCGCUGGUAACAGGUUCCGCGAGGCCCACUGUGUUGGAUUUGCAUCCCAGCCUGCCUGUACUGCAGGUGUGGAUUACUCAUGGUGCUGUGUCUGUCUGUGUGUGUGUGUGUGUGUGUGUGGUGCGAUCAUCACCUACGCAGAGCGAUGGCGACGGACGGUUCGGCGACGUAGGUCGGGAGGUAAUGAGUUGCUGAGGUCCGGGCUCGCCAGGCUGUACUUCCAGUUUCAUCUUCAUGAUUUUGGCCUUUGGGAUUGCCGUUCGCCGCGUUUGGAAGUCAUUCGUGUUCCGGUGCUUCGAGAAGGUGGUUGCCGAGCUUGUGGUGUGUGUCUUCUUCUUCCUCGAGUGUUUUUGUUUUUAGGGGGUUGGUGUUGUGUUUUGCACACCCCGAAUUAGAAAGUGUAUUCGAUUUCGGUACGCGUGACGUUCGCAGCACACAACAUUCAAACCUUUUUUGUCGGUUCAAGUGUGUCUGGUGCAUAUUGUUGUGCUAAAGUUCAGACAUUUGGACGUACUGUUGCAGUGUGUUAAGCGAUGGCUUCCCAGCUAGUGUGGUUAUGUGUGGGGGCGCUACUGUGCAGUCUGGCGCAUCUUGCCCACACAACACCUAUCGACACGGUGACGGCACACAACCCACUUCCGGUAUCGACGGCAACGGACUCCACCACCCUGGACGCGGUCCUACCCACCAAGGGUGCCGAUGUGGCGAGUUCUACCGAAACGAGCAAGAUGUCCCGAUUCCUGGACGACUUCACGUCCGCCUUCAAACAGGGCACGGCCAAGAUGAAGGAGAGCAUCGAAAAUGCGGCCACCUCGGUGAAGGACGGUGUCCUGCAGGGGUACGACUACGUCCGCAGCAAGCUAACCGGAACUGGCCCAGAGUCAUCCACGCCGGUCACGUCUUCGGAGGAGACGAACGUCACCAUCACGUCGACUGCCGCCGCCCUUACCAGCUCGGUCACCCCAUCAACCGAACGUCCAGCAAUCAGUGGCCUGCCCGCAGCCGACUCCAAGAACGGGCUGUCCGUGCUCGGUGGUGUGGUCGGCGUAUCGAACGAACCGGCGCGCAUCGUACCGAACGACGACGAGGACGACGAGCGGAUCUUCUUCAACGAUAAGGACUACACGGCGGUGAAACCGCUCGACGGCAGUGAGGACGAGCGAGACGUCACGGAGUCACCGGUCACGACGACGGUUGCCGUCGACAACCGGUUCAUCAUCGCCGGUCCGUUGGCGUGCAAAAGCGGCCAGGAGGUGGUAAACGGGAAGUGUCGAAAUGUGUUCUGAGCAUCUUUAUCACCUCACGCUAUCACUUUCAUCUAUUUCACCCACUCCACGCACCCUACCCAACCUUCCGCGCUGACGAAAUGGGGCGAUUCGCAGUCACCGCAGCCGCAGCCCAUCUCUUCGCCGACGAGCGCCAUUUCGUUAGGAAGUGUGAUUUUUUAAUUUAAUUCUAUUACCGUUAAUGCUGGUCGGUCGCGUUUUGCCACACGACAAGACGCUCUCGGUACUCGGUGAAUCGGCUCACACACACACACACCACAUUCACACAUUACAUGCAUACUGACAGAGUGGUCAGGGCUUACGAGAGCUCUCCCAUAACGCUGUAGGACGAUCAGAAGAAGCAAGAGAAGAUAAUAAAUAUGAUUUGAUUAGCAAACGUAA